ACUUUAGCUUGCAAGGACGCAGUUCAGACCAGAGAAGAAGAGUUACACUCAUUAAUUCCAUGCUGAGUUCAGCCAGUAAAUAUUUAAGAACAUCAGAAAGAACAUACAGUAAAAAACAUUUAUCAUUAAUAAUGAGUUUGCAGCAGAUUUUAAGUUGCUAAAUUGCUGGGUUGUCUCAGUUAUUUCCUUAUAUAUAAAACGAUGAAACUCUUGGAAAAUGCCCAUCUGGAUUGCCUAUCUGAACUUAUUCACACUUUGAGCCUCACCACUGGAAGUUGCAGACUGCAUUUAAAAUUAGAAAGUUACAGCUGUAAAAUGACAGGAGAUGACAAAAAAUUGCUAAGACACAUCACAAAUGCCUCAGAAGACACUGGAUUGCAAGCCCUAUCCCCUCCUAACCUUGGUUACGGCUACCACAGUCCCACAGUAACAGGAACAGGACAGGAACAAGACGCGUGUUCUACCAGAACCUUCCACUGCCUCGUUUCUACACUCAACGCUAGUUUUCCGUCCUGACUACGAUUUCAGUAAUACCAAAUCAGAGGAGUUUUGUAGAAUGCCCAAUCUGAACACAGUAACUCAGGACAUCCACAACAUCUUCUACACAUCGCUAGGUGACAGUUUUUGUGACAUUAAGGAACAUUUAUGGAAUACGAUUGACAAAGAGAUCGGUCUUCAGGAAUGCUCUUUCUACAGUUACAAUUCGGAUCUAGAUUCUGAUCCUUACGGAGAUUGUCUAUGGUACUUCAACUUUUUCUUCUACAACAAGAAAAUGAAGAGAAUUCUAUUUUUCAGUUGCCAAGCUCAUCCGUACGGUGAUACUACUAUGUCAGAUGAUGAUGAUAUGUACUACAGUGGAACUGAUAUGGGAAGCAGCGAUAUCGAAUAACGGUGUCGUGUGAUGUUUACAGCCUUUGAGGAUGCCCUUAAACUCUGUUACUCUACGUCUCUACGAUGUUCCUGUUAACGCUACAUUCCUGUUAACGCUACAUUCCUGCAAACAUUUAUUGAAAAGACCUUUAAAAACAGAUGUUUCCAGUUGAGAUCAAUACUUUGGACUGUGACUUCCAGCCACCAGAAUCUUAAUUAUCUAUUAUUUAUCUUUUUAUGUAUAAAGUACCAUACCAAAAUAUUUUGCUAUCAUAUUAAUCAAUUAUUAAUCAUAAUGAUAGUGCUAUUUAAAGGUAUCCGAAGGGUUUUUCGUUUGCAUUAAAACAUGUUGAAAACAGAGGUAUAUGAUGUACCGAAUUCGUCCACCUUGAGACUUAAUUAACACCUUUCUUUAAAGAACUAAAGCAAGCGAAAGGCCCAAAUAAUUAAAGAAUAUUACAAUUGCAUGCGAUCAGACUUUUUCAGUUAUUUUGUCCUAUUGUUUGGCCUAUUAAUGCCUAGAAGCAACGAAAAUGCUUUCCAUGAGUUGCAGCUAAAAACCAGUUCAAUAUAAACUAUAGAUGGUGAUUUUAGACUUUAUUGCAAUAUUUAGUAUUAUAUCGAAUAUCGACUGUAUUCCUAAAUGCUAAAGCGGACUGUCGAACUAUUAAGUAAUAUUGGUGGAAAAACUCUAGUGGAAAUGUUCUUGAGGCAAGAGGCCAUGAUUUAUGUUACCUUGGUGAUCCCAAUGUUUCUAUAUGAGUGAAGUUAUAAUCUAAAGUAGAGCACAAUUACACAAUAUCCCUUAAAAGAUUUGGCUAUCCAAUAAAUAGCAAAUCAGGCUCAAUCGCUCAGGUUAAACUUUGUUAUUGCGGCUUUCAUCCGAAGUUAUUCUUGUUCAUGUUUUUCAUUUUUCGUCUGAAUCAGAUUGUUAUGAUUGCUUGAUUUUAAUGAUUUUGUGUUCAGGUCCUAAUUUUGACUCCCUGUUCAAACUGAAAAUAAGUGGUGUGAGUUCCAAUGUGAAUUACCCAUGUGAUC